GCUCGGUAGCGAGGGCGCCGGGUUGUUGGGGCUCGAUCCCCGGCAUAGCUGUUAACGAUUGUCUUGAGACGAUACUUGUGGUUCCCUCAGCCGAUAUUUAGUGCGAAACUACCAAAGUCAGCCCCUGGGAAUGCAGCAGGAAAAUGAGAGCCUUUCCCUCAAGAAAUAAACUGAUAGGGGAGCCGUAAAUUGUUAGGCAACCAGCUAGUUCGGAGGCCGAGGCAGGACCCCGUCUCAAAAACGCCGUCACUGCCGGGCGCACUUGCACUUCGUAAUAAGAAGGAGCGCGUGUGAUACCUAGACCCGGAGCUCUUGGCCCUCAAGCAGAUGGACGGAGGAAAGGAAAAGGAUUGAGGGGAAAAAAAUGGUGAAGGAAGAGAGGGAAACUGUUUAAAAGCUUGGUGACAGUCCGGAAGCUGAGAAGAGGCCAUUGUGGCGGUAGCAGAAGGUUUUGUGCAUACAAUCCUGUUUGAAAUGCAGUUAACAUAUCAGCUGGACCUAUUUCCUGAAUGCAGAGUGACUCUUCUGUUAUUUAAAGAUGUAAAAAAUGCUGGAGACUUGAGAAAAAAGGCCAUGGAAGGCACCAUUGAUGGUGCAUUGAUAAAUCCUUCAGUGAUUGUUGAUCCUUUUCAGAUACUUGUGGCAGCAAAUAAAGCAGUUCACCUCUACAAACUGGGAAAAAUGAAGACGAGAACUCUGUCUACUGAAAUUAUUUUCAACCUUUCCCCAAACAACAAUAUUUCAGAGGCUUUGAAAAAAUUUGGUAUCUCAGCAGAUAAUACUUCAAUUUUAAUUGUUUACGUUGAAGAGGGAGAAAAACAAGUAAAUCAAAAAUACCUAAUAUCUCAAGUAGAAGGUGACCAGAUUUCUCUGAAAAAUCUUCCUGAAAUAACGAAUAUUUCUGAAGUCAAAAAGAUAUAUAAAGUGUCUUCACAAGAAGAAAAGAUUGGGACAUUAUUGGGUGGUAUCAUUAGUAGAAUGUCAACAAAAGAUGUUUUAUAAAAUGUUAGAAAUAUUAACAGAAAUUUUCAGCUUUAAAUAAAACAUUGGUUUUUCUUUCCUGAUUAUAAAAUUAAAAUAUGUUUAUAAUAGAAAAAAAUUUUUUUUGAUCCUAGGACCUUGUGCAUGCUAGGUAAGUGCUCCACCACUGAGCUUCCUUCUAGCCCUAUAAUUUUUUUUUUUUUAAAUCACAGAAUGAGAUUUUAAAAAACCCUCAUAAUCCUAUCAUUUUUACUAAUACUGUUACUAUUCUUGUUGUCUUCUAGUCUUCUAUUUGUAUUCAAACAUUUUAUUUUUUAUAUAAUGGAAAUAAAAAUUGCCAACACUUA